AUGUCGUCCAGGUUCCCUUGUUGCAAAACCUGCAACUCCCACCAUGGCCUCCUACCAAAACACCCUUGCCGCUUCCUUCAUGAAGCGAACUUAGAUUCCUUAAAGAUUGAUGCGACUUAUGGAGAAAUCAAGCUUUGCGCAAGAGAUGGAUGCUACUUCUGCUCUAUCUUGCAUGAUAAGAUUGCUACCCAAGGAAUAUCGGAAAUAGAACCAGCCAUCGAUACCAAGGUGGUAUUUAACAAUCGCCAGAGCCAUAGUCUGCGUAUUGCUUGUGGUUCGGUAGAGCAUGAGAUACACUUGCUGCCAGAAAGUGCUCAGUGCAUCGCAAACCCAUACGCCAACAUCGAUCGCUACGCUGAUAACACAAAGUGCAUUAUUAUAGGUAGUGUUUUCGCAACGUAUUGGCUGAAUUCCUGCAUUCAAUACCACACGGCUUGCAUUACCUCGGCCGAACCAUGGAACCCAUCUCGAUUAGUGCACCUUAAAAAUAACCAUUUCCGAGUGGUUUCGCCUGGUUCGCCUUCGGAGGGCGGGAUAAAGCAUGUUCCAUACUUUGCUCUCUCGCAUUGUUGGGGAGGGUCCGGUGUGUCAUUUACAUUAACCAAGAAGAAUUACAAGGAUUUAAAGCGAGGAAUUAAGAUCGACCGGCUAUCAAAAACGAUUCGGGAUGCCGCAAAUGUUGUUCAGAGCAUGGCCUAUGAAUAUUUAUGGGUAGAUUCUCUUUGCAUUAUUCAGGAUGACGAUGCAGACUGGAAAGAGCAAGCACAGCAGAUGGACCUUGUUUAUAAGCACGCGGUGCUUACUAUCGCGGCUACUGGAUCAAAAGAUGAGACAUUCCCUCUUUGCAUACCCGAGAAGUUUUACCAGGAUAUAAACCCGGAAGGAUACCGUUACCACCAGGAUUCAUUCGAUUAUUACCGGUCUGUCUCGUCAAAGCUGCGACAAGGUCUUGAGGAGCGAGAACAACUUCGCUCCCGCAAGAACAACUCUACGGGGAUGCUGGUCAGAGUUCUUCGUACGAAGUUCUUCGAGCCACCUAGCGAGAUCAUUUUUGAUCAUAGACUUGACGAUUGGACGAAAGGAAGUACUGCCCUUAACACCUCGUCAAUCGGGCAUGAGAUGUCAAUUUUGAGUAUCAAAAGAAAGAUAUGGAGAGACAUCGUGGAAGACUACAGCGGAAGAGCUUUGACGAAAAUCACUGAUCGAUCCAUCGCAAUCCAUGGGGUUACAAAGGAAGUAGAGAAUGUAUUUGGAACUCGUUGUUUGUUUGGAAUUCGGGUGGAUGACAUGCCCUUUGACUUACUUUGGAGCAUCCGCGGAAGAGUUCCUGACUUCAGUACAAACAGCAUAGUCUCCCCCGGGAUCCGAAAGCGAGUUCCAAUAGAGGCCGUGCCGAUACGUUCGGCAGCUCCUUCAUGGUCCUGGCUCUCCGUUCAAGGAUCUGUCGAGUUUCACGCCUUGGGCCCCGGGUCACCGUCACCAAAGAUCGAGAUACCCGACCAAGAGGACUUGAUGAAGCGCUCAACUUCCUGUCCGAAAUCCAUCCGGCUUCGGGGGCGUGUGGCUCAGGGUUUAGAGUAG